CGUCAGUGUGUGUGAUUAAAUGAUCAACAUUUCAGAUUUCCAACAUUUCCGAGCUGAAAUUGCCAAUUUCUUUACUUAUUCUUCAUAAAUACUAUACUUAUUAUUGAUUUUUCGCUAAAUGUUUCAAAACCCAAUUAUUGUCGUCUGUAGCGGAGGUCUUUCUGGUCUUAUCUUCGCUCUUUCUUUAUCCGAAGUUUUUGUUACGAAAGAAAUUACAGGAAAAAUUCUUCUUUAUCAUGAAUAUUAUAAAAUUCGUAAUUCGAAAGACCAGUCUUCUUCGUUAAAUAAGAAUGAAAUUUUACGUCUUCCACAAAGUGUCCGUGAUUAUGUAUCUUCUCCAUAUUCUCUACAUGGAUUCGAAGACCGACUUUUGGAGUUGAUUAAAAAACUUCCCAAGGAAACUGUCCAACUUAUUCACGAAAGGUUUGACCCUGCACAAACGAGUCAAGAUUUUAGAUUUGAUUUAUUGGUUCUCGCAGAUGGUUAUAGCGUUAACCUUUAUGACAGUUGCCAGUUCGAAAAAGAAGUUAUUUCCAAUCAUUAUGAAUUAGAAAUUAACUUUAGUCUUACCGAAAAUCAUUUUCAGAAUAGCGAAAUAGAGAUCUUAUCUUCAUUUCAGAUAAGAUAUUUGAUGCAAUUACAACAAAAUAAUCAAAAUCUCAAAAUAAAUUUAUCGAAAUCUGAAUUCGACAAUAUUGAACUUGAUUCUGGUUCAAAUUCAAUAAAGAAUAAUCCUUGGUUUACGAAUAUUAUACAAGACGGUUUUAGAUUCUUUGAAAUCAAUAAUUAUGACUUGGGUUCAAUCUCAAAAGUUUCAACUGACUCGUUAGUAAAUAAAGAGUUCUAUAAAAGCUAUCAACAUGGUCAUAAUGAAAAUCUUGUGUGCGUGAUUGGUGAAUCGGCAUUUAAUUGUAAAGCUUGGCAAAAUAAGAGUAUGAGCCUCGAAAUUGCAAUAUCAACAGCUACGAUAUUAGCUGAGAAAAUUUCCGAUGAGCAUGAACAAAAAAUAUCACUUGAAAUAACUCGUAAUAUUCUUGAUAAAUUUUCCAAUGGAAUGUUAAACUAUAAAAAAGAACUCGUACAUCAAUUUCAACUAAGAAGCAUGGAUAAUAUUCUUUCACAAGUUAUCCAUAAAACCAUUAAUAAUUAUAAUAAACAGUAUCCAGAUGAUCAAUCGCCUAUCGACUCCUCUGAUUUUAUGACUACUCUGAACAAAUAUCCACGAUUAUUUGAGAUUGAUGUUCUCGAUCAAUUAAAAAAAGAGUACGUUAAUAAUGUCAAAAUUUCUGCGCCCUUCAUUAAAAAGCUAGAUAGAAUUCAAAACAUAGUAAAUUACUUUAUAAUUUUUGAAUCAUGCUUAUCUUCUCAUAAGAAUAUAGAGUCAAAUAAAGGUGAUUUGGUCAAAUUAAGUCAAUCUGUAAUUCUUGAUAAAAGCCUGGAUCAUGACGAUCAUAUCUCUGAUACAAGUUCUGAGGAUUCUGAUGACUCAUCUGAUAAUGAAACGCAACCUGAAUCUUUAUCACUCGAGGAGUUUUUCCAAAUUACUUUUGGAGACGAGCCAAUCAGUUAUGACGCUACAAACUUUGUAGUAGAUGAAUUGACUGAAGAAAUAUUUAAAGUUAAAGUGAUACCUUCUUUAAAAGAUCCUACAAAUGGAAUUCUUAGAAAUAUAUUUCCAUAUAUCAUCGAUAUAAUUAAUAGAACCAUUUCAUUGCAACGUAUUCAGGAUUGCAUUAGACAAAUUUCAGACUCCAAAGAACUUGAUGACUCUUCACAGACAUUAAAACGAUUAGUUGACUGCAAAGGAAGAGAUUAUCUUGUAGCUUUCUUGGAUAAAGUACCAAAAAAAGCACUUUCGAAAAUCUUACUUUCGCUUACUCGAGCGAAUAUUCCCAUUCCAUUAUUAUUCACAAAUAAAAAUGAUUUUAGCCAAAAAGGUCUUCGAGUAUUAAGAGAAAUUCAUAGUUUAAUACUUCAAGAAAAUUAUCAUUUAUUAUUAUCAUUCAAUCUAACUACGAGCGAAUUAUCUUCACCAUUCUCAAAAAUGCUUUAUCCAAUUAUUUGUAAACCUCGUGAAGAUGGUUUAAGUAUUACCUCGACUGGUUCAAUCGAUAUUUCUUUUCAUCCCGCUUCGGAAAAUUAUGAACGAAAACCUAUUGCUAUAGCUGAAGUAUACUUUGAAGAAAACCCACAUCAGACUUUUCUUAGCCUAAUUAAUAGCUUCUCACAAUUUGCAUUUUACAUGUUCUUACAUGUAAAUGAUCAAGAUUUUGAAGGAAACUCGCCAUCUAGUGAAUUAAAUCAACUUCUUAAUACAAUCUUAGCAGGAUCCGAUAAUUUAUUCAUUUCAAAAAUAUCUGUAAUAUAUUGGAGUAAAUCAAAAAAAAAUAAUGAUCCCUUCAGUAAACGUAAAAAGACUUUAAAAAAAUUACUGGAACCACACUUCAAGUCUGAAUGUAUUAAAAUUGAACAAAUUUCUAACGACUUUAAUCAAUUUACCGAAAAGAAAAAAGAUGACGUAAUAAAAAAACUGUCAAUACUCGAAUCAAAAAUUGUCCAUCCAUCACUAUUUCUUAAAUUAUUAGAUGGAAGUACUUUAAAUAUUUGGAAAAGUGAAACUGAAAAAUCUGCAUUCGCUUCUAAAAUGAAGUCCAUCGAAUUUAAUGGCAAAUCAGAUAUUUUUCGUGCGACUCAUCUAGAACAUGAGAUUGAAGCAUUAAAUGAUAAGAAAUCUACAACAGAAUCACAAGAGAAUUCAAUAUUCAUAUCUGAAGGAGAAAUUCUUAAUAAAAUACAACAAUAUCGAAAAGAACAAGUUGAAAUUAAUACAAAAGAACCAUUAUCAAUUUUCAUUGAUUUUGCAAAAUUAAUUAAUGAAAAUAAUAUAGAAAAAAUAAGAGAUUUUUCCUGUCAAAUUGAUGAUUUUUUCAAAAAGUUUUUACAUGAAUUACAAAAUUCAAAGAACGAUGUAGAACGAACUGAAAUCAAUAGGAUGAUUGAGGAGAAUGAUAUUUCUAUCCAUGACUUUUGGCUUGAAUUUAUUAUAUUAUCUGAAUUGCAUAAUAAUCCUCGUAAAUCUGUGUUAGAACAAUUAAGCGUUCAAAACAUGGAUCCUUGAAGGAGAACCUUUGCAAUUCCUCGAUGGUUUAUCAUUACGCUCUCUUCCAACGAAGUUUUU